AUGGCCUCCAACUACAUCCUCCACGUCACCGCCGGGCCCUCCUACUCAGACCAACACGAAAUCCCCAUCAACACCCCCGACCGCACGCACAUCUCCAGUGACCGCAUCACCACGAACCUCCAAGUCCGCAUCCAAAACUACCGCGGCCUGCCCGCCAACUCUCCCACCACCUCGCCCUACUUCUCCAAACCCCCGCACGAACACGACCUCUACUCUCUCGAAUUCACUUUCACGCUGAAGAACGAAGACAUCAAUGGCGCGGACUUGGUGUUUGGAAACGACUUUGACCACCCGAUCCGGGAUAAACUGCCGCCGGGGUUCAAUCAGGCGUUUAAUCUGGUGAAGUGGUUCGUCGACCCUGGACUCUACGGGGAUGUGUAUGCGGAGGAACCAUACCUGUACGGCCCACUGCUGAGUUCGAUGAACGUGCUGAGGAUAGGGCCGAAGGAUGACCGGGAGCAGGAGAAGGUUGAAGAGGUGCGGGCGAAUAGAGAGGAAGGUGAUGCGUUGACGGAGGGUGGAGAUGGGGAUGGAGAGGAUGCGAGGAAGAGCUUGGGGUUACCCGCGGAUGCGGCGGGGAGGAAGAAGAUGUUCUUGAAUCAGGCGAAGUUGAAAGAGUUUACGUUUGAGAAGGGGAGGGAGUAUGGGAAUGACUUCUUUAAUCCUUAUUUGGAUUUCAACGAGUUCUCGCUCAAGCUACCUGGAUGGGGCCUGAUACCUGGCGUGACGCUACCGAUCAUAUCAUACUGGGACGGACAACCACUGAGGUACGUGAUGAAGAAACGUGGCGACCCUGAGCCGCUGUUCGUGAUCGUCUUUACGCUGGUCCCGAAGGACAAGGCUGGUCCGGGUAACGAGGGUGAAGCUGCGGAGAAGAAGGGUGACGAUGAGGAUCUGGAUUGA